AUGCUCUUCUGUAUAUAUAUGGCGCUGUCGUUGGGAGGGUUUGUCUCUGCAGCUUCGCUCAAUCAGCGGCAGGCUGAUGACUUCUCAGCGGAGAAUCCCGACGACUCAGACACUUCUGGCCUGCCAACAGGUGUUGCAGCUAGUGCGCCAGUGCCAAUUGCGAAUACGACCGCAGCUUCGAAUGGAACUGUGAAGGCUUCGUCCCUCUCUUCUGCUGCUGCGGUAGCCACCACCGCGUCCAGUCCUCUCAACAACACGAAUGAUCCGAACAUGUGCCAUAGGACAUACACAACGGACCCAGAAGGUGCCACGGAUAUCGCUAAUCCCUUUUGCAAGCCAGGUGAUGGACAAGACGUAUACCCAAAUAUCCCGUAUCAAGUGACUUGGGACCCCUCCCUCUUCGAAGACGGCGCAAAUAAUACAGUACAAGUCUACAACGUCGACGCCACCGGCCUCAACUCUCCAGCCACCGCAGACAUACUCGCAUCGGGCAACGCCACCAACUUUGAGGGUUCCGUCUUCCUCAACAUGUCUUCCGUUUGGCUCAACGGCCAACCAACCGCCAAUCUCACCCUCUCCCUCAUAGUCGACAAGGGAGACGACGAUCCCAAAGUCUUUGGCGGCCCCAUCUUCACCCUGCUUUCCACCUCCGAUUCCGACUCUACGCACUCCGCGCCGUCGUCCGCCUCUUCGAGCAGCAACAAGCUCGGCGAAAAAGUCGGCCUGCCCGUCGGCCUUGUCUUCCUCAUCGUUGCUGCCAUCGCGGUGGCGCUGUUUGUCUGCUUCCGCAAGCGGAGAGGCCAGGGUUAUGGCACGGGGAAAUCGCUUCGUCAAAGAGUCGGUAGUGGUACCGCCAGGGGACAUAGAAGGGACGCGAGCUUCCACGACGAACCCACCAGGGGAGUGGAGUUGAAGGAUAGGAAUAAAGGGCUUACCGGGGAAUCGCCAGAGGACAAUUGGGACUGGGGAAGCCCCGUCAGCAGUCCGUCGAAUGCCGGUGGUGCGGGCAACGCGUUUCGGGAUGAGAUUCAGAGGCAGAGGAGUGGGCGGUGA